CCCCACCUCUCACCUCGUCCCCAGCUCCACCGCGCGCUUUCGGCUGUCUGCCGUAGCAGCCCGCAGCCAGAGCCCUCCACCACUCCUACCGCUGGCAUUACAUUUUCAGGCUGGAUGCUAUAGGGCCGUUUCUAAUUACCUUAUAUCCCCUAGUGGUCUAUGAAUAAUGGUUAGUGAAGGAGCUCGGAAGGGCUGCUGAGAAAGGGAAGCGAGAGGAAAAAAAAAGGGGGGGGGAAGAAUUGUGCUAUUUCUCACAUUUUUUUUUCUAAGGAUCUAAUCUGGCUACUGUGUUCUGGAAGAGGAGGAGAGAGAGACAGCGGGAGAGAGACAGAGAGGAGAGCAAGAAGCGUCGCAGAUAACAAGCCCGCGCCAUGCAGUCCUUUCGAGAAAGGUGUGGUUUCCAUGGCAACCAGCAGAGCUACCAGCCGACUUCACAAGAUACAUCACGCCUGGAGAAUUACAGGCAUCAAAGUCAGGCAGGGCCGAACUGCGAGCGGCAGAGGCUGGUGGCGAAGGAGUACUACAGUCAGCAGCAACUGCCGUACGCGGGCUACGAGAACAGCGCCGUGGAGAAAUACCACCGGGGAAAUAAGCAAUUAGCGGGCCAGCAGCUGCAAGGCAGGCCGGCCUUUUCCAAUUACGGCGUGCAGGAGAACAGCCCCUACCCGGCCCGCUACGCGGGGGACGAGAGCCUGCAGGCGUGGGGCGGCCAGCCGCAGGCCGUGCCUGGCGGCGUGGCCAAGUAUGAGGACAGCUUGCUGAAGAAGACGGCGGCCCCGGCGGGCGGGCGGCCGUACCACGAGCAGGCGGCGGCCCCGCUGCCCUUCCGGACUCACUUCCAGCAGCAGCAGCAGCAGCAGCCGCCCGCUCUGCCCUACCCCAAGCUGCAGAGGCAGAAGCUCCCCAACGACGUCUCCUCGCCCAUGUCCUUCUCGCAGACCCCCCACUUCAGCCAGCACUCGCAGUCCUUCCCUGCCUCCUCCACGUACUCGUCCGUGCCGGGCGCCAGCCAGCCGGCGCACUCCUACAAGAGCUGCACGGCGCCCUCGGGGCCGCCGCAGCACGAGCGGCCCCUGGGCAACGCCGCCAGCCUGGCCCCCGGCCAGCGGGUGCCCAACCUGCACGGUUACCAGGCCAACCGCAUCGGCUACGAGCAGCCGCCGCAGCCGCCGCCGCAGCCGCCGCAGCAGCCGCCGCAGCCGCCGCCGCCGCAGCCGCAGCCGCCGCCGGCCUUGCAGGGGAGGCAUCACGCCCCGGAGACUCUUCACUACCAAAACUUAGCCAAGUACCAACAUUACAACCAGCCGGGCCAGACCUACUGCCAGGGCGACGCGCCGCCCGUGAGGACCCCGGAGCAGUACUACCAGACCUUCAGCCCCAGCGCCAGCCACUCGCCGGCCCGCUCCGUCGGCCGGUCCCCGUCCUACAGCUCCACUCCCUCCCCGCUGAUGCCGAACCUGGAGAACUUCCAGUACAGCCAGCAGUCCCUGAGCACGGGCGCCUUCCCAGCCGGCAUCACCGAUCACAGCCAUUUCAUGCCGUUGCUGAACCCAUCUCCAACUGAUGGGACGAGUCCGGACGCUCAGUCCGGGAACUGCAAAAACUUGCAGAAGGAGAAAAUCCCUGAAAACCUCCUGUCAGAUCUCAGCUUGCAGAGCCUGACGGCGCUCACCUCCCAAGUCGAGAACAUUUCCAACACCGUGCAGCAGCUUCUGCUCUCCAAGUCAGCCAUGCCCCAGAAGAAGGGUAUCAAGAACCCAGCGAGGACCCCCGAGCAGCUCAAAGGGCAGCACUGCAGUCCUGAGAGCAGCACCUACUCUGCAGACCAGGUAGGCACCCCCCUGUCCGACCCGCUCAGCACCCCCCAGUCCGUCCACGCUGAAACACAGGAUGCCGAUUAUCUCAGUGGGUCAGAGGACCAACUGGAAAGAAGUUUCCUGUAUUGCAACCAGAACCGCAGCCCUGCCCGUGUCAACAGCAACUCCAAGGCGAAGCCUGAGUCGGUGUCCACCUGUUCCGUGACCUCCCCGGAUGAUAUGUCCACCAAAUCGGACGACUCCUUCCAGAGCAUCCACGCCAGCCUGCCCCUGGAAACCUUCACCAAAUAUGUGACCAACGAACGGGACUGUCCCCGGCUGCUCCUCAGUGCCCUGUCCCAGGAGGAGCUGGCCUCCGAAAUCAUCGUCCUGCAGGACGCCAUCAACGAGAAGGCAGACAAAGCCUGGGUGAACUCCCCCAUGCUCAACAAGGAUGCCACAAAGUCUCCCUUCCACCUGGAGAACCACAGGCCGUGCCUGGACUCCGUGGCGAAGGGUGCCUGGCCCAGCCAGGGUGACUCCAGCACGCUCACAGAGCCCUUGAAGCUGGACAAGGCAUCGGGGGGCAGCGCAGGGAAGGACUUUGGUGAGGAGGUGUACGAGAGCCCCCAGGUGGAGUUUGCAGCCACCGAGACAAAGGAUGCUCUCAAAGACGCGACCUCUCUGGCGUAUGACUCCAAGCCCAGCAUCCCAGCUGCUACUUCGAGCUCCGGGGCUGCCAGCUACAGCUGCUAUUCGAACACCACUGCCAACUCGGUGGGGUCUGACAAUGCCAUGGAGCAUUUCGAGUGGCCAGAUGAGAGCCUCGGCGAGUCGUGCCUGAGGUGGAAGGAGCUGGGGACGGGCCUGCAAGCCUCAGACCUUUCCAAGGGCUUGUUCCCAAGCAAAUUGAUGGGGUCCUGCAAGGAGAAAAAAAAUGCCUGCAGCUUGGAUCUGUGCGAUGGCGAGGAGCCAGCCAAGAGCGAGCAAGCCAGGGACUUCAGCCAGCAGGCGAUGGAGGAGGAAGAGGAAGAGACGCUGACAUACGACGAGGCCACGAAGGCAGACAGUGAGCGAUGGCUGCAGGACACGCGGCACUGCUGCUCGGGCGGGGACUUCAGCGAAAUCCCCAUGAUUUCAUCGCCGGAUCUGAAGGAGUCGGACCUGGAAGCGGAGGAGUAUUCCUCGCUCUGCGAGCUGGCGAGCUCGGAGCAGAAGUCGGUGAUUUACGAUGCCUCGCCACCAAAGCCCCCAGAGAUGCCCACCGUGCUGUCCUCCAGCGACAUGCCCGUGUCCGCUGAAGAAACCGUCAGCACGGUGGAGAAAGAGAGCUCGGCCCCCUCGUCGCGGUUAUCUGGCCAGUCCGUGAUCCUCCUUGGCCCCGCCGUCGGCACUGAAACCAAGGUGAAGAGCUGGUUCAAGUCCUCCCUGCCCCACAUCAAGCCUGAGGAGGAGACUGGUGGAAGGGAGAAAACCCACCCGGAGAUGAUGGACUCCGAAUCGGCCUUGUCGGUCACGGUCAAGAAGCAGCUGCCGCCUGAAAACGCGCUGGGGAAGCCGGAGCCCGUCUCGAGGGGCAAGAGCCUCCGCAACAAGAGAGUCCACUGCCGGCUGUCGGAGGGAGACGACUCCAGCAAAGCGGUGCCAAGCCCGUUUAAUGAUCUGCCGGCAGCUGGCGUCGUGGCCGGCACAUGUGUCGGGCCAGAUGGCCAGAUGGAAAUACCGAGCAAAAAUGCCCACAGCCAAACACCAAGGUUUCCAGCAGAGGGGCUGCCAGCUCGCAUGUGCACCCGCUCCUUCACCGCCCUCACCGAGCCCCACGCACCGGCCCCGCUCGAGGGCCUGAAAGUCCCGGCGCACCAGGAGAAGCUGGGCAAGAAACCCGCCUGCGGUGUGAAGCAGCGGGUGGCUUUCAAAGCCAGGAAACGCACCGGCAGGCCAGCCCCCAAGGUCAUCCCCAGCGCUGCUGACGCCACCCUCCUGGUGCCCAGCUUGAUGCCCAACGAGGAGCAGAUGGGACCGCAGGUGCCCGAGGGGGACGCCCCGGACGCCGAGGACAGGGACCAGCGAUCUAUGAUCCUGCGCUCCCGGACGAAGACGCAGGAGGUCUUCUACACCAAGAGGCGGAGGGGCAAGCGGGCUGCGGACGUCCGGCUCAAAAACUGCAAAGCGCCCAAGAAGCUCAUCUCCAACAACCAUCUGGCGUCCGCCUUCAAGCUCACGCCCCAGGGCAGCCCCCACAAGGAAGGCAAGGUGGGCUCGCGCAUGAAGCUGCCCAAAGCGGGGCCGGGCAUGGGCAGCAAGAUGUCCGAGCGGCCUCUGCACUCCCUGAAGAGGAAAUCUACCUUCAUCUCCCCCAUCCCCGCCAAGAAGAGGAACCUGGUCCUACGGAGCAACAGCGGUGGCAUGAAGGAGGAGAAGCCGGAGGCGCCCCCCAGCCUCUUCAAAAAGAUGCCCGUGGCCAAGAAGGUGAAAGCAAAGCUGCCCCCCAAGAGCGCCGGCGAGGUCGUCUUGAAGCCCCCUCCGGCGAAGGAGGCCCCCGACGUCUGCAUCAAGAUCACCUCGCGGGCGGCCUUCCAGGAGGCCACCAAGACGAAAGUCCUGCCUCCGCGCAAGGGCCGCGGCCUCAAGCUGGAGGCCAUCGUCCAGAAGAUCACCUCGCCCAACCUGAAGAAGUUCUCCUGCAAGCCCGCCGCCGCGGCCGCAGCCACGGCGGCCGCCUACGGCACCUCGCUGAGUGCCGCGGGAGCGGAGAAGGAGCGGGCCGUGAAGCACGGCGGCGUGGCCCCGGCCGCGGGGGACGCGAGGCUGCCGAAACCCGCGGCGGCGGCCGAGCAGCUCUGCCGGCCGGCCGGCAGCAGGGCCUUGAAGGGCAAGAAGCUGCCCGCCGAGUGCUUCAAGGGCGAGCCCUGCUCGCCGGCGCCCGCCAAGGCCGCCGGCCUCCUCCCCAAGAAGAGGAACCGCAAGGGCAAAGCGGCGGCGCUCGGCGCGGCCAAGGCGCCGCCGGACAAGCGGGCCCCGCCGGGCCCCGCGCUGCCGCUGACGCCGCCGCCGCAGCCGCCAUCCCGGGAGCGAGCGGCCGUCGCGGCGGGCGGCGACGAGGCGGCGCCGCGCGACGGCAAGAAACCAAAGAGCGAGGAAAAGGAGGCGGCGGGCGGCGAGGGAGGCGAGGGGCGGCCGGGGCCCAAGGCGCGCGCCAACCACGCGGCCAACUACAACGGCUACUCCAAGCGGCAGCGGAAGCGGCUGGCGCACGGCAAGGCCAAGGCGGCGCCGGCGCGGUGCAAGAGCCGAGGGAAGCGGCGGCGGGCGGCGCAGCAGGCGCCGCUGCUGCACCCGGCCGAGCCCGAGAUCCGCCUCAAGUACGUGUCCUGCAAGCGGCUGCGGGCGGACAGCCGGGCUCCCCCCUUCGCGCCGUACGUGCGCGUGGAGAAGCGCGACGAGUUCACCACCGCCUGCACCGUGGUCAACUCGCCCGGCGAGGAGGCCAAGCUGCAGCGCGCCGCCGCCGCCGCCGGCCCGGGGCACCCGCCGCGGGCGCGGGCCGCCCUGCCGGCCUCCUCCGCCAUGCACCUGGGCCCCGUGGUGUCGAAGGCGCUGAGCGCCGCCUGCCUGGCCUGCUGCCUCUGCCGAAGCCCCGCCAACUACAAGGACUUGGGGGACCUCUGCGGGCCCUACUACCCCGAGGACUGCCUGCCCAAGAAGAAGUCGCGGCCUAAGGAGAAGGCGCGGGCGGAGGGGCCCGCCGAGGAGGCCGGCCUCCCCCCGCCGCCGCCGCCACCGCCGCCGCCGCCACCGCCGCCGGCCGAGCGGGCGGCCUGCGCCGAGGCGGCCAAGCAGAGCGCCCUGCGCUCCAGCCCGCGGGGCGUUUACCGGCGGCUGCAGAGCUGCUACUGCUGUGACGAGAGGACAGAGGGAGAGGAGGCGGCCGAAAAGCCCCGGCGGCACGAAUGUAGCAAGGCCGAGUCCCCGCCGCAGGAGCCGGCGGGCGACACGCAGGAGCACUGGCUGCACGAGGCGUGCGCCGUAUGGACCGCUGGGGUGUACCUGGUGGCGGGGAAGCUCUACGGGCUGCAGGAGGCCGUGAAGGCGGCCGCCGACGCGAAGUGCUCGAGUUGCCAGCAAGCGGGCGCGACCGUGGGCUGCUGCCAGAAGGGCUGUCCGCACGCCUACCACUACGCCUGCGCCGUGGACGCAGGUUGCUUGUUAACCGAAGAGAGCUUCUCUCUGAAGUGUCCCAAACACAAGAGGCAGCCGGUGUAGCGGCCCGCCGGGCAGCGCCGGCGUCCCCGAGGAGCGGGGUGCCGGGGGCGUGCGCCCCACCGCCGCCGCCGGAGCCUGCAGCC